CGCGACAAAUUUAUUUAUACAUGCACCUUUUACAUCGAAAAGGGGAACUAGGCAGCAGAGAGCAGAUGUGACCAGGACAGAGGUGCUCUGUGUGUGUUUCGGUCACUCAGCUGGAAAAAAAAUCCUUUAUGCCUGCCACCAUCCCCGCGCGAGAGACAUGAUAGAGCCAUCUGAUCAAGACGAGUUGGCCGUGGCUGGUGAUCGAUUUCUAGCACCUCCCAAUGGCGGCAUUAAUGAAUUGCUCAAUGUGGGACAAGAAGACAACAUGCAGGGCCAGAUGGAGGAGUUUCUGGGUCCACAGGCAGAGUAUGAUGAGGAGGAGGAGGAGAGGAAAUACUACAGGAGGAAGAGACUGGGAGUCAUCAAGAAUGUUCUUGCAGCCAGUGUUGGAGCCAUGAUUGUGUACAGUGUGUACAUGGGCCUCCUGCAGAUGCAGCUGAUCCUCCAUUAUGAUAUGACCUACCGUGAGGUGAAGUACAGCAGCCUUGGUCUUGAAGACAUCGACCGCAAGAUGCUGAUGGGCAUCAAUGUCACGCCCAUCAUAGGCCUGCUGUACACGCCUGUACUUAUCAGGUUUCUAGGCACUAAGUGGAUGAUGUUCUUGGCCUCAGGAAUCUAUGCACUCUUUGUAUCAACCAAUUACUGGGAGAGGUACUACACCUUGGUUCCAUCAGCUGUUGCCAUUGGUGUGGCCAUUGUGCCACUAUGGGCUUCCUUAGGAAAUUACAUCACAAGGAUGGCGCAGCAGUACUAUGAGUAUGUCAACUAUAAGGAAGAGCAUGUGCUGGAGCAGAAGAAGCUCCCAAAAGGAGCAUGCCAUAGCUACAUCAUUGUCUUCCAGUCAGUCUUCUCUAUUAUUUUUCAUCUGAGUUUUGUCUUUGCGGAGUUCCCCAUGCGCUUUGUCCUCAACAGUUACCUGCAAGACAACCAACACAUUCUCUACAAUGUCAAGUCCUGUGGAGCAAACAUCAGUGGAGUGAUCCCUGGCUUCAACACCACCGUGCUCACCAACCUGCCUCGCUCCAUGCUGCUCAUACUGGUGGAGAGUGUCCUCAUGGGCUUCGCCUUCCUCGCCAUGAUCAUCUUCCUUGUGCUGUGUGGUGCUGCAUAUCGCCCGACGGAAGAGAUUGACCUUCGCAGUAUUGGCUGGGGAAACAUCUUCCAGCUGCCUUUCAAACACCUGAGAGACUAUCGCCUGCGGCUGCUCUGCCCCUUCUUCAUCUACAGUGGAUUUGAAGUGCUGUUUGCUGUGACGGGAUUCUUUCUGUCCUAUGGUGUCUGUGUUUUGGGCCUGAAAAAACUGUGGCUCCUUAUACUCGUUUAUGGCCUCUCCUGCUCCAUCUUUUCCUCCCUCUCCCUUUGCCUCCUACACCUCCAGCGCUGGGUGUGUCUGGCGGGGGGCGCUGCUGUGCAUGGGGUGCUGCUUGUGGCUCUCUUGGCGUUGUCUCUACCUGCUGACAAGCCAGAUGAGUAUGAGGGUCCUCUGCUGGUCAUCUCUGUGCUAUGGGGCCUCGGCACAGCCCUGAACAAGACGGGCGUCAGCACUCUGCUCGGUAUGCUGUAUGCUGAGGACAAAGAACGUCUGGACUAUGUCUAUACCAUCUAUCACUGGUGGCAGGCCAUCGCCAUCUUCAUAGUCUACCUCUGGUCGAACCUGCCUAUGAGGGCCAAGCUCUCCAUCCUGUUGGCCAGUUUAUUGCUGGCCUGUUACUGUUAUUGGGUGAUGGAGCAUCGGCUGGCCAUGAAAGUGCCUUACAGACUGCCUCGCAUCCCACGGCCACGGCACAAGGUCAAGGGCUACCGCUACCUAGAAGAGGAUAACUCAGAUGAGUCGGAUUCAGAGAGAAGUGAGGAAGAUGAUAAGGAGGAGAAUGAGGACGAAGAGAAUGGGGCAGCAGAGGACAGAGAGGAAGGAAGUCAAGACACAGGGGUCCAGGAAUCACCCAGAGCCAGGGGGAGAGGUGCUGAGGGUCACUGCUGCAGACGGGAAGGUGCUCUUGUGAUGGAGGGAGGGAGGGAAACGCGUUAGGUAAGGUGAGAGCGGAGAAAAAGGAGGAGAAAUGAGGAGAUGCCAGUUAGAGUACUGGGUGCUGUUGCACUCAUGACUCAAUUUAUAUAUAUUUAACAGACAGUUAUAUAUAAUGUAACUUCAACAUUUUUCUGCCAAAACUUAAAAUGAAAAGCUCUAAUCACCUAUACAUAACAUAAUAUAUUUACAACAGUGAUCCAGAAGAAAGGGUACAGUACAGUGUUCAAAGUUUGUGGCUCAUAUUUGCCAAUCUGCCAAUAAUUAUAGGGACAGAGCAGCAGCUCCUUCUGUGCUUCAUUAAGUAGAAAACAUUUACAUAACAAAAAAAAAGAGAGCACUUAUCUGGUAAGAAAGAACUGAAAGUGAGAGAAAAACAGAAUGAGGAAUUGAUUUUCUAAGUUUAUUUUCAGGUUGAAGUGUGUUUUGAUAGUGAUUUUUUAGAGAGCUUAAUCCUUCUGGAUGUUAACAGUGUGAGCAGCCUUGGCAAUAUUUGUUCUUUUGUCUUUGUUUACUUUUAACUCCUUCAUUUAUGCACAUUUCUUUGAGAAAACAACCCAACUCAAGUUAUUAUUAGAAGCUCAGGCAUGUAUCUGUUGCCGGAUGUAUCUCUGUUAUGGGAGGAGUGAAACAGGCUUUUUUGCAGAAGUUUAACAUGAAUGUAUAUUUCUGUUUUGAGAUAGUUCAAUAUACAUGACAUCUAUAACACGUAUGUCCGAAGAGGGAUCCCUCCUCAGCUGCUCUUCCUGAGGUGUCUACCAUUUUUCCCCCAUUAAAGGGUUUUCGAUUUGAGGGUCAGAGGGAUGUUAUUUGCUGUAAGCCCACUGAGACAAACUGAUUUGUGAUAAUGUGCUUUAUAAAUAACAUUGACUUGACUUAACUUGGCAAUAGGUACUUGUGAUCAUUAAUGUAUGGCCAAUGCCAAUAAGGCAUGCAUUGUCCUAAAAGUGGCCUCAGGAAUAAAAUUAUGCGACUGUAACUGUGGACUAUAUAAAUAAUAAAGUAUUUGUCAACACAACUAUAAAAAAGAUUCAAGAGUUCAGCUUGUGUAGCUGAGUACAAUUACAUGCACAAAAUAUUGUGGUUUUUGCCCUCAGUCCAAAAGGGCAGAAUUCCUAUUGAGUUGUUUUCAGGCUAAUGAAAAUGUUAACGUGCCCUAACAUUUUAUUCAUUCAUUGUUUGUAACCUCUUGUCCUCGGUCACGGUGUCCUCGCGCGGGGACUAGAGCCAAUCCCAGCUGACACUGGGCGAAAAGCGGGGUACACCCUGGACAGGUCGCCAGAUUAUUGGAGGGCCAACACAUAGACAACUUUUCAUGCUCACAAUCACACCCACAGGCAAAUUAGACACCAAUCAACCUGACCUGCAUCUUUUUGGAAUGUGGGAGGAAGCUGGAGAACCCGGAGAGAACUCACACAGGCACCAAGAGAACAUGCAAACUCCGCACAGAAGGGCCCUGCCUACGGACCGAACCUUGUUCCAACCCAGGGACCCUCUUGCUGUGAAGCUACAGUGCUAACCACAACACCACCAUGCCGCCCAACAUUUUAUUCAUGUCAAAAUAUUGAUAAGUAGGAUAACUGGCGUCACAAGUCAUUUUGCUUGUAAUGCAGCAAGAUAGUAUUUUUCAAAGUUUUCCAGGGAGGGACUUGUGCGAACACAGCUUCUCUCAACCAGCUUCUGUGUCAUUGUGAUAGUUGUACAAAUUAAAAAACUCAUUGAUAUCCAA